AUGAAUGAGGAUGAGUUGGCAGAGCUUCUAAGCAGUUCGGAAACGAACCCCAGUUCUUUCCCGCACACCCCCCGCCGACAAGCAGCCUCGCCCGAAGCGGUCGGAUCCCCGGAUAAUGGGGCCCUCCACACGCAGGAGUCUCCCCUGAGCCAUUAUUCCACGCUCAACGACACCACCGCGCUAGUUCAUACCCAGCAGCAGCGCAUUUUAUCCACGCUCGACGAUGACUCCUUGCUGCAGCUCGUCAACUCCUUCCACAGACCCGUGGAAAGACAGCCCAUACUCGGAGACGAACCGGACAGUGGUGUUGGGUGGGCUGGCGGCGCGGACCCCGCACUCUCCACUGCAAGCAGUCCCCAGAGCCCCGAAGACGCGGACAGCGGUCCAGCGGUCUCCCCUCCUCCCAACACCGACUACGCCAGCUACGGUGAAUACUUUGCCCACAAGAAAAAUCAACAGCAACAUCGCGACGCCUACGUCAAGCGGCUGUACCAAGACACCCUCAACAAUGGCCAAGAGUUCUCCCCCAUCUUCAAGGACUGCAUCAUCUACGUCAACGGGCGUACCGAUCCAGAUCGCCUCCAACUGCACCAAAAAAUCAUUUUGCAUGGCGGACAGUUUAUGCAUUUUCUCUCGGGAAAGACCAGUGUGACCCACAUUGUAGCCAGCAAUCUGACUUCGAAGAAAAAAUUGGAAUUCGCCAAGUACAAAGUCGUCACCCCAGCUUGGAUCGUGGACUCAAUAGCUGCGGAUAAAAGGCUACCCUGGCAAAAGUACGCUUUGAUCACAGGCGAUGAGGCACAGCCAAAAUUGACCCUCAAUAACGGCAACCCUCAGAGAAAAGACUCGCCGCCUUCAGACUCUGCUGCGACUUUCACUCUUGAUUGCAAACAUCCCAGUUUUCUGGAAAGCUUCUUUGCCAAGUCAAGGCUCCACCACCUUUCAACCUGGAAAGCAGACCUGCGUGCUCACUUUUCCGACAAGUUCGUUGAGCACGGCAAAUUGCAACGAGUCUCCGAAGAUGACAACGUCGCCAUUUUCCAUGUAGAUUUUGAUUGUUUUUUCGCCACGGUGUCAGCACUCAGCAACAACUGCUACAAUCUCCAUAAAGACGCUCUUGCUGUUGCACAUGGUACCAGUACCUCGGAAAUUGCAAGCUGUAAUUAUGUAGCGCGCAGUUUUGGCGUCAAAAACGGAAUGUGGGUCAGAUCUGCCCGCAGGCUUUGUCCACAGCUUAUCUGUAUCCCGUACAAUUUUGAACAGUACGAAAUUAAUUCUAAACUGUUGUAUCAAAUACUGGACGAAACAAGCUCAUUUGAUAUGAUCUUGCCCCUUUCAAUUGACGAAGCAAUUUGCGUCAAGAAAUUGCACAGCUCUCCGCACUUUGAUGAGGUGCAGACUGAAUGUGAACAAAUUGCUUCAAGUAUUAGGCAACGGGUACUUGAGGUUACGGGCGGUUGCACGGUUAGUAUAGGAUGUGGCGCGUCGUUAGUGUGUGCCAGGCUUGCUUUGAAAAGUGCCAAGCCUGAUGGCCAAUGUAUUGUGAUGAAUAUGACGGAUCAAUCGCAAAUUGAUGACUUUUUAUCUGGCGUUCAUCUCAAAGACCUUCCAGGCAUCGGAGCCUCCAUUGUGGAUAAAGUUGUUCGUCAAAUUUUGCCCGAAUAUGUGAAAGUUCCCACGAUAGGCGAACUAAAGACACAUUCAUCCCUUCAACUUUUGACCUCAAAGCUGGGCGUGAGGACGGGACGAAAGGUGCAUCUGUUUUUAUCGGGCAAGGACGAUGAGGAAAGCUGCCGAAUUUUGAGAAAUCCUAUUGACUUUUUCGCACGAAAGUCUAUAUCCGUGGACAUCAAUUAUGCAAUCAGGUUCGAUACAAUCCAUGAAAUUGACGACUUUAUCUCUCGCGUCUGUGAUCAUUUAUGCUCCAAAAUUAUGGAUUUAGGGUUAGUGACCCCUCAGGUUACCUUAAAGAUAUUAAGGCGGUGUGCACACGCACCUAUUGAGCCAGCGAAAUAUCUAGGAUGCGGCGAAUGUGAUAGCUUCAGUAGAAGCAGCAGGUUCGGUUUACCUACAGAUCAAGUGGGUCUAAUUGCCACGGAAAUUAAAAGUUCCUUUCGAAUGUUGGCUUGUCCUCCUGCGGAUUUGAGAGGUUUGGCCAUUCAACUUAAUCAAUUGGAGAAGAAGGCGAUCCAAAUAAAUCAACAAAGGCUCCCGUUUGGGGGGCUGUCUACCAUUCCGAAGCCCGUUCUAAAGCCCGAUUCUUUCAAUUCCUUACCGCCAAUAUUGAAAGAAGAUGUCCGAGCUGAACUCAGUAAAAGACGGAUCGAAGUGCCGCAAUCACCGGCAGGAAAAAGAAAAAUCUCUUCACCUGUCAAGGAAUACUGGGACAGGUUUCAUGGUAAACAACAGGGUACAGGUGAACAAAAAUUACCAAGCAGCCUGGAUGAGGAUUUUAUGAGCCACCUUCCUUCGCAGAUUCAACGGGAAAUUAGGCGAGACCAUGCGAUUGUUAAAAAAACACGUAGCUCGGUUCGGAAGAACCUUGUUCAUAAAGAAGAGAUCGUUGAGACGCGCAAACCUUGGCUCGAAACUAGAUCUACCUUGAACGAAAUCGAUACCUUUCAGACAUUAACGCGCCCGCGUGAAGUUUGUACCCUGAUAGGCGCUUGGAUAGACCAGACGGUUAGCAUUGGCCCUCACAAAGAUGAUUUAGACCUUUUCGACAACUACCUAAAAAAGCUGGCGAGCAAGAACCGCACUCAUCAAGUUCUACUAAUUGCUAAACUCAUGUCAUCUAGGCUAGAAUAUCAUUCCACAUUCGCCCCGUCAAAUCAGCGUGGCCGUCAGGAAUGGGAAGAAUAUUUAUUGAGGCGCAUGACUGCCAUCUUAAAUUCGAGCACCAAGUACCCCAGGGUUUUCGAUAUAUAA